UUCCUUGCAUUUUCCUGACCUUCAAUCUUAGCCGUCCAGCAGAUCGUGUAGCCAGCAGCCACAGAAAGUGACCCCUGGUUUUGGUUGCUUCCAGAAAAAUACCCUCUGUCCACACUGAUCUUCCACGCUCUCUCGGCCUCUCUCCGCGUCCAUGACGUGUUGGCAGGAACGUAGCAGGGACUUUUGGUUCUGUUGCUUCUGCUACAACACACAAACUGCUACAACACAUAAUUUGUAGUUGGUCUGAUCUGAACCGAUAGCUCCUCCAGUAUCAAUUAAUGGAUGCCAGGAAAGCCCAUAAAGCAUCCUCUUCAUCCUCACCAUCCACCUCUUCAUCAAAACUUUGGAAGUACCAAGUGUUCUUGAGCUUCAGAGGUGAAGACACACGCAAGGGCUUCACAGGCCACCUCCACGCCGCAUUAUCUCAUGCCGGAAUCAGCGCCUUUCUUGACGACAACGAGCUAAAAAGAGCGGAAUUUAUAAAAACCCAACUGGAGCAGGCAAUCGACGGGUCCAUGAUCUCCAUAAUUGUCUUCUCCAAGAGUUAUGCAGAUUCCAGUUGGUGUCUUGACGAGCUGGUGAAGAUCAUGGAGUGUAGAGAAAAAUUGGGGCAACAGGUUAUUCCAUUGUUCUAUAAUGUUGAGGCUUCAGAUGUCCGGAAACAAACUGGUAGUUUUGCUCUAGCAUUUGAGAAACAUGAAGCGGGCAAACAUGAGAAAGAAAAGGUACAACGAUGGAGAAAUGCUCUCAGUCAAGCAGCAGAUUUGUGUGGGGAAGAUCUUAAAAAUGCUGACAGUGGGCAUGAAGCAAAGUUUAUCGACAAAAUUCUUGGGGUGGUUAAUAAGCAGUUGUACAGCAAAUACCAAUUAGACAUCGAACACCUUGUUGGAAUUACUUCUCGGCUGAAGGUUUUGAGUGAUCACUUAGAUAUUGAAAAAUCAGGUUCUAAGGAUGUUGUUCGCAUGAUCGGUAUUUUGGGGAUGGGCGGCAUUGGAAAAACAACGCUUGCCAAAACCGUUUAUAACAAAUUUGAACGUAUCUUUGAGGGUAGGAGUUUCCUUGCAAACGUGAGGGAAGUAAUUGCACACCAACCCAUUUAUGGUCUGGUUGGUUUGCAAGAACAACUUCUAAAUGAUAUCUUGAAAAGCAAGGACCCCAUAAAGGUUGGCUCUGUUGCUAUAGGGAUCGAUAUGAUAAGAGAAAAACUUUGCUUUAAAAGAGCACUUGUCAUAAUUGACGAUGCAGAUGAUCUACAGCAACUAAAAGCAAUAGCUAGAGCUCGUGAUUGGUUUGGUCCUGGAAGUAGAAUUGUUAUAACAACAAGAAAUCAACAUUUGCUAGACCAAGUUGGAGUGGAUAGCACAUAUAUGGCUCAAGCAAUGGAUGAAAAAGAAGCUCUAGAGCUCUUUAGUAGGCAUGCCUUCGAAAGUGGUUAUCCUAAUCAAGAAUAUCUUGACCUCUCAAAACGUGUAAUUCGUUACUGUCGAGGCUUGCCACUAGCACUUGAAGUUGUAGGGUCUUUUUUGAUUAAAAGAUCCACAGCGGAGUGGGAAAGCCAUUUGGAGAAAUUGCAGAGAAAUCCUGAUGGAGAUAUUCAAAAAAUACUCAGAAUAAGCUAUGACGGCCUACCUGAUCAGGAAAAGAGAGAGAUAUUCCUUGAUAUAUCUUGUUUCUUUAUAGGAAUGGACAAGGACUAUGUAACAAAAAUAUUAAAGGGAUGUGGCUUUGCUCAACCGAUAGGAAUCAGUGUCCUCAUUGAACGGUGCCUUGUAACUGUUAGUGAGGAAAACAAGCUGAUGAUGCAUGAUUUGCUUCGAGACAUGGGAAGAGAGAUCGUUCGUGAAAAAUCCCCCGGUCGUCCUGAAAAAUUUAGUAGAUUGUGGAAACGUGAAGAUGUAACAGAUGUAUUGAGCGAUGAAUCUGGAACUAAAAAAAUUGAAGGAGUUGCUCUACAUUUGGAUUUGGAUGUAGAUUCGGAUAUAGAUUCGGAUCUAGAUUUGACUAGAUUCGGUGCACAAGCAUUUACCAACAUGAAAAAACUGAGGUUACUCCACCUCAGCAACGUAAGGCUCACUGGAGGAGAGUACAAAGAUUUUCCCAAAAAGUUAAUAUGGUUGUGCUGGCAUUAUUUUCCUUUAGAGUCCAUACCAGAUGACUUUCCUAUGAAAAAACUUGUUGCUUUAGACCUGCAGUAUAGCUUCCUCAAAAUAGUUUGGAAGGAUUGCAAGUUGCAUCAGAAUUUGAAAAUCCUUAAUCUCAGUCGUUCCUAUUGGCUAACAAAAUCACCAGACUUUUCAAAACUCCCAAAUCUCGAGGAAUUGAUAUUGGAAAGCUGUAAGAGUUUGUCUGAGGUUCACCCAUCCAUCGGGGAUCUUUGGAGACUUUCUUUGGUAAAUCUUAAAGAAUGCCAAAUGCUAAAGGAUCUCCCACUGAAUUUCUAUAAAUCCAAGUCUAUUGAAACUCUUUUACUUAAUGGUUGUUCAAGUUUUGAAAAGUUGGCUGAGGGCUUAGGGGACAUGGUAUCAUUGACAACUCUGAAAGCGGAUUACACAGCCAUAAGACAACUACCAUCUUCCAUAUUAAAAUUGAAGAAACUGAAAGCUUUAUCUUUAUGUUAUGAGAAAGGGUCGCCAUCAACAAAUCUUUUGCCUCCAUUGCAAAGUUUAAGCUCUUUAAGAGAAUUCGCUCUUGCAGAUUGGAGUUUAACUGAUGAUGCAUUCCCCAAGGAUCUCUGUAGCUUAAAUUCCUUAGAAAAUUUAGAUCUUUCACGCAAUGACUUUUGCAGCCUACCAAGCCUCAGUCGUCUUUCACAGCUUCAUGAUUUGUCUUUAAAUAAGUGCAGAAAUCUUUGUGCAAUUCCAGAUUUACCAACAAAUUUGAAAGUCUUACGAGCAGAUGGCUGCUUUGCAUUGGAAAAAAUGCCAGAUUUUUCAGAAAUGUCAAAUAUAAGAGAAUUGCAUCUAAAUGAUUCGGGCAAACUCACUGAGAUUCUAGGCCUGGACAAGUCAUUAAACUCCAUGACAAGGAUUCAUAUGGAAAACUGCACUAAUCUCACUGCCGAUUUUAGGAAGAACAUCCUACAGGGAUGGACUUCUUGCGGAUAUGGUGGCAUUUUUCUCAGUGCAAAUGAUAUUCCUGAUUGGUUCCAUUAUGUCCAUGACGAUGAUAUUGUGUAUUUCACUGUGCCUCAAAGUGUUGGUCGUAAUUUGAAAGGGUUAACUUUGUCCUUCGUUUACUCUUCAGACUCAUUCUUCCGUAGUUGCACUAGCUUUAGCAUUCUCAUUAAAAAUAUGACCGAGGGUACUGAGCUUGAUGCCAGGAUCAUAUCCAAUCCUCCAACUAAGGGUGAGAAGGACAGUUAUUAUCUUUGGCAGGUACAGUUAUCAAAUGACGAGCUCAAAUUGCAAGACGGUGAUAAAGUCUUGAUUGAAAUAAUAGUGGAGGAGAAAUAUGGUUGUGAGAAUGUGAAGGUGAAGAAAACAGGUGUUAGUCUGGUAUGGGACAAAUUUAUGAACGAAAAUAUGAUUGAUUACCAUCUUUGUGCGUAUGAACGACGCCCAUAUCUGGUCAAUGAUGAUGACAUCAUUCAUGUCGAAUAUGAUAAUCACAUAACAAAAUCACCAGACUUUUCAAAAUUCCCAAAUCUCAAGAAGUUGAUAUUGAAAGGUUGUAAGGAGUUGAUUAAGGUUCACUCAUCCAUCGGGUAUCUUGGAGGACUUUCUUUGGUAAAUCUUCAAGGCUGCUUCAUGCUAGAGGAUCUCCCACUGAAUUUCUAUAAAUCCAAGUCUAUUGAAACUCUUCUACUUAAUGGUUGUUCAAGUUUUGAAGACUUGGCUGAUGGCUUAGGGGACAUGGUAUCAUUGACAAUUUUGGAAGCAGAUAACACGCGCAUCAGAGAAAUUCCAUCUUCCAUAAGAUGGACUUCUUGCGGAUUUGGUGGAAUUUAUUUGAAUGGAAUUUAUGAUAUUCCUGAGUGGUUCGAGUUGGUCGAUGAUGUGGACAAUAUCAUCUUCUUUGAAGUUCCUCAAAAAAUCAUGGGUCGUGAUUUAAAAGGGUUGACUAUAUGCUUGGUUUACUCUUCAGACAGGCUAAAAUUUGUACAUUCUGUAGGUUCUGAAGGUCCUAUUGGCAUUAUCGUUAGAAAUCUUACCAAACGAACUGCUUUGCACACCAAGAUAGCAUUUGCCUCCUUAAAAAGAAGAUACGGAUACAGAGACAGUAUCCGACUGGGUUUGCAAGGCGCCGAUUAUCUUUGGCAGGGACAAUUGUCAAACGAUGUGCUCUGUUUGCAAGGCGGGGACCGAGUCUCCAUUUUUGUAAGGACUGAUGAUGUUGAUUUUGUGAAAGUGAAGAAGACAGGGGUUCAUCUAGAAUGGGACAAAGUCAUGAAGGAAAAUAUCGAUAAUCCGGAUCCUCAUUUCUAUAAUUUGGAAACAAAUCGGGAUUUUUGA